AUGAGCACUAGCAGGAGGGCGUCCACGCUCCUUUGCACCCUGCUCCUCCUCUCCCUGCUGUGCUUCCAGCUGGCAAGCGCCCAUGGCGGCAUCGACGACGGAGACGCCACCACUCCGCCGGCCGACGCCGACCCAUCGUCGGUUCAUCGUCACCUGCGUUCCAAGGGCCUGAUCGCCGUCAAGGUGUGGUGCCUCGUCAUCCUGCUCGUCUUCACCUUCCUCGGCGGCGUGUCACCCUACUUCUACCGCUGGAACGAGGCGUUCCUCCUCCUGGGCACGCAGUUCGCCGCCGGCGUCUUCCUCGGGACGGCGCUCAUGCACUUCCUCGCCGACUCCACCAGUACCUUCCACGGGCUCACCAAGAACCAGUACCCGUUCUCCUACAUGCUCGCCAGCGUCGGCUUCCUGCUCACCAUGCUCGCCGACUGUGUCGUCGCCGCGGUCACCAAGAGAAGCGGCGGCGGUGGCGGCGGCCAGAGGGUGGUCAACGAGGCCGCCGGGGAAGAAGGUGACGCCCAUCGUCAUCAGACUCAGACCAAGGAGGAGGACGCGGCGCACCCGCAGUACCACCCCAUGUUGGUCAGGACGGCGUCGUUCGAGGACGCCGCCCUGCUCAUCUUCGCGCUCUGCUUCCACUCCAUCUUCGAAGGCAUCGCCAUCGGCGUCUCGGCAACCAAAAGCGACGCGUGGCGUAACCUGUGGACGAUCGGUCUGCACAAGAUAUUCGCGGCGGUGGCGAUGGGCAUCGCGCUGCUGCGCAUGAUCCCCAAGCGCCCGUUCCUGAUGACGGUGGCCUACUCGCUGGCGUUCGCGGUGUCGAGCCCCGUCGGCGUGGGCAUCGGCAUCGGCAUCGACGCCACGGCCGAGGGCAGGGCGGCGGACUGGACGUUCGCCGUCUCCAUGGGCUUCGCCACGGGGGUGUUCCUGUACGUGGCCAUCAACCACCUCAUCGCCAAAGGGUACCGCCCCCAGGAGCCCACCCGCGUGGACAACCCAUCCUUCAAGUUCCUCGCCGUGCUCCUCGGCGUCGCCGUCAUGGCCGUCGUCAUGAUCUGGGGCUAG